CCCAUCACAGCGUCAGCGAUGCGGAUCUUGGCAUUGUGCGCUUUUAGUAGGACUCCUUAACGCCAUACCAAACAGCACGCUUUUGUGUACUUUUUCGCCUUUAUCGUAUGAUUAGCAGGCCAGAAACCUCACUGGAAUUUCCUUUUUGUGUUCUGUUCUUCGAAUCCGGCAAGACUUUUCCACCUUUUCCCUUUCUUUCUUGAUCAUUAUUCAUUGGGCGAUCUUAUUGACUGAUUACUGUAACUUUACCGGAGCAAACUUGAGUUGCAGGCGACAUGGAUUUUGCUAACAUGGAUCGGGACCAAAUGACGCUGGCGGCUUCAGGAUUCUUAGUGAUGCUAACUCUGCACUUCACGUUUCAGUUGGUAUCACAACAUCUGUUUUACUGGAAGAAUGCGAAGGAGCAAAAAGCCAUACUCAUAAUCAUACUGAUGGCCCCAGUUUAUGCUGUUGACUCGUUUGUUGGAUUAUUGGAUAUCCGCGGGAGCAAACCAUUUUUCAUGCUAUUGGACUCUGUCAAAGACUGCUAUGAAGCUUUGGCUAUUGCGAAGUUUUUGGCUUUGAUGUAUAGUUAUUUGAAGAUUUCCAUGAGCAAGAAUAUUGUACCUGAUGAGAUAAAAGGGAGGGAGAUUCACCAUUCAUUUCCGAUGACUCUCUUCCAGCCUAGGAAGACGCAUUUGAAUCACCACACGUUGAGGCUUCUCAAGUAUUGGACAUGGCAGUUUGUUAUCAUCCGUCCCAUAUGUUCUAUCUUGAUGAUAACAUUACAAAUUGUUGGGAUGUACCCCAGUUGGCUCAGUUGGACGUUCACAGUCAUUCUCAACCUAUCGUUUUCCUUGGCCAUGUACUCCUUGGUUGUCUUCUACCAUGUCUUCGCAAAAGAAUUGGAGCCUCAUAAGCCACUGGCAAAGUUUAUCUGCAUCAAGGGAAUUGUUUUCUUCUGCUUUUGGCAGGGAGUAGUACUUGACAUCCUCGUCAGGAUGGGCAUUGUUCAAUCCCAUCAUUUCUGGUUAGAUACAGAGCACGUCGAGGAAGCAAUUCAGAAUGUUUUAGUUUGUGUUGAGAUGGUCAUCUUCUCUGUUAUCCAGCAGUAUGCAUACCAUGUUGCACCUUACAGUGGAGACAUAGAGUCAAAACUGAAGAUGCAGAAAAAAUAUGAAUGAUGUUCGGUAGAGGUUCCAGGCAUGCACAAAGAAGAAUCAACUUCUCUGAACUCAUCUGAGGUAGUCUGUAAGGCGGCGUGAAACAACAAAGGCAGGAUAGUGUAGCCUAAUCCUUUUAUGUGAUAAUUCAAAGCAGUAAAUUUACGAAAUUGUUCUUAUAAUUGUGAGGUUCUGAAACUGCAUAUUUUUGUACAACAUGAUUUUUGCUUCCUUGAGUUUGUAGAAUUGUGUUUGCCUUUGGUUUGAUAUGGCUUCAAUGAAUAGAAGGAAAUGUUAUUAUCUUA